AAAAAGAGACACACACACACACACACACACACAAAUUAACUAACUCUCUCUCAGCCCUAAACUACCUUUGAAAUAUUAUCUUGAACUUUUCCUUUUCUUUUGUUUCUAUGGCGAUGGGGAAGAUGCCGUCGGAUCCUCUCGUGGUUGGAGGAGUAGUCGGAGAUGUUGUCGACGCAAUUUCCCCCACGGUAAAGAUGACGGUCACUUACCAUUCAAACAAGAAGGUGUGCAAUGGGCAUGAGUUGCUUCCAAAUUUUGUAACCCUAAAACCUAGGGUUGAGGUUCUUGGAGGUGACCUUAGAUCAUUCUUCACACUGGUCAUGACUGAUCCUGAUGUUCCUGGUCCAAGUGAUCCUUACUUGAGAGAACAUCUCCACUGGAUGGUUACAGACAUCCCAGGGACAACAGAUGCCACUUUUGGAAAAGAAAUAGUGAAAUAUGAAGAACCAAGUCCAAACAUAGGGAUACACAGAUAUGUGUUCCUAUUGUACAAGCAAAAAAGAAGACAAACAGUGAAGCCGCCACCACAGCCUUCAAGAGACGGUUUUAAUUCAAGAAAAUUUGCUCUUGAUAAUCAUCUUUCUCUUCCUGUUGCUGCUGUCUAUUUUAUUGCUCAAAGACCUACUGCUGCCAGAAGAAGAUAACAUACACACACACGCACACAUAUAUAUAUUCAACCCAAAAUUAUAUUUUCUAAAUAAAUUAUUAUAUAUAUCUCAUCUCACAUAAAUUAAAUAAAAUUUUGGGUUAUAUAUAUAUAUGAAUUUUCAUGUGUAGCAGAGAGACAGUGAGGUUUUCUUGUGCUGUCCUUUUGUGCUCUCUAAUUAGGUUUAUUUGAUGUACUAAAACUUUGUAUUUCCACUUCUUCUAUGAAUCUGUCCGUUUAAGGUAA